CUGAGGAUCCGCUUCCGGUUCCCCUGUUGCUUCGGCGGUGAGCCGAGCCUCGGUUGUCUGAGGGCUUCCGUGCUGCUGAGGUGGUUUGGCGUUUAAUCAGUGGGUCUUGCCUGAGAUGGACAGCCGAAUUCCUUAUGAUGACUACCCAGUGGUUUUCCUGCCUGCCUAUGAGAAUCCUCCAGCAUGGAUUCCUCCUCAUGAGAGAGUAUACCACCCAGACUACAACAAUGAAUUGACCCAGUUUCUGCCCCGAAUUGUCACACUGAAGAAGCCUCCUGGAGCUCAGUUGGGGUUUAACAUCAGAGGAGGAAAGGCCUCCCAGCUAGGCAUCUUCAUCUCCAAGGUGAUUCCUGACUCAGAUGCACAUCGAGCAGGACUUCAAGAAGGGGACCAAGUUCUAGCUGUUAAUGAUGUGGAUUUCCAGGAUAUUGAGCACAGCAAGGCUGUUGAGAUCCUGAAGACCGCCCGAGAAAUUAGCAUGCGUGUGCGCUUCUUUCCCUACAGUCAGCAGUGUACAGUGAUUCUCUUGACACCGGGCAGCAGCAAUAAACCAGAGCAGCCAGUCACACAAUCAUGAGGGUAAACAACCCACACUCUACAGUAUGCUAUGUUGCUAAGAUGUUCAGUAGGCUAGCUGUAUUUUACACUUAUGAUGGGUUUAUCAGGAUGUAACCCUGUUUCAAGUUGAGGAAUAUCUAUCAACAUUGUAGAUAUUCUGAAUUAUUUAGUUCCUCUAAAGAGUGCUGAUUUUUCAUUUUAGAAGGUAAUUAACUUGUCCAAAAACAAAAUGCCAAAUGCUACCUCCCUUGGAUUGGGAAAUGGUUGAAUUUUCCAUUUAGUUAUUUUAGUCUUAGCUAAGGUGCUUUAAGUUCAUUCUGUACAUGCAGAGUUUAGGAGUUAGCUACAGAUUUCUGCAGGGUUUAUAUACAGAAUUAAGGAUUCUCCACUUUGGUUCUCUCCUUUCUGGGAUACCCUCCCUUUUCAGUUGCUACAGUUACCCUGAACUCAGUUCUCUAAUUCCUCAAUGAACACGAUAAUAAGUUUCUAUCCAAAUUUUAGCUAUUCCAUAUCACAGAAACUGCAAACUUCCCACAGAUGAAAAGCUAUGAAAAAUAUACAAAACCCUUUCAAAUGACCACUAUUUUCUGUAGUAUAGUAGAACAGCACUGAAGCUGAGAACUGAAAGGCCUGAAUUUAAAUCCUAGCCUGACCACUCACUUAGCUAUCCUAUGGUAAGCUAUCCCAUGUCCUCGUCUUAAAAUGGGGAUAGGAAUGUCUGCUUCAUGAGUUUGUAAGAAGAGGGUCAAAUGUGUUAAGAAAACCAAGGCUCAGAUGUUCCAUCUGUUUAGUGGCAAGAGUUGGGCUGGUCACCCCAGGUCUGUCCAUUCUUGUUCUGCUACACCCGAUGGCAUUCACCUUUCUGAUGGCCACUCUACAUCUUUGGAUUCCAAAGACACUUUUCGAGUUGGGCACCAAGAAUAUAAGAAGUCAAAGUCCCUGCUCUCAACGAAUUCCAAGUACAAGAAAGUGUUGUCUGCCCUCCAGUUUAUGCCUGAUUCUGGUCUCUCUCUAGUGCCUUCGGGUAAUUGUUUUUUUUUAAAUAUUUUGUUCAGUUUGUAACUGUUAAUCUGUAUGCAGGGUUGGCCCAAUACAACCUGCUCUGCCAUUAUAAAAGAUGAA